UAUAUCUGGCAAAAUUUCAGGCGUCGAGUGCUUGAAAAGGCGUUAGCUAAUUCGGGUGUGUCUGAGGCUGAGCAGUUGAACCUUAUCAAGGAAUUGGAGCGUAGAGAGACAGAGUACAUGCGGCUUAAGAGGCACAAGAUUACAGUUGAUGAUUUCGAGCUUUUGACCAUUAUAGGAAGGGGAGCCUUUGGCGAGGUCAGACUAUGCCGCGAGAAAAAAACCGGCGACAUUUACGCAAUGAAGAAGUUGAAGAAAGCUGAAAUGCUUAGUCGUGGACAGGUCGAGCACGUAAAAGCGGAAAGGAAUUUGCUAGCCGAGGUUGCUAGCAACUACAUUGUCAAACUCUACUGCUCUUUUCAGGACACAGAGUACUUAUACUUAGUCAUGGAAUAUCUUCCUGGUGGAGACAUGAUGACUCUUCUCAUGCGAGAAGACACGCUAACCGAGACAGUCGCUCGAUUUUACAUUGCCCAAAGUGUCCUCGCCAUCGAGUCACUCCACAAACACAACUACAUUCACAGGGAUAUUAAACCAGACAAUCUUUUGCUGGAUAGAGAUGGUCAUAUGAAGUUAUCUGAUUUCGGACUAUGCAAGCCGCUCGACUUAACUCCUUUGAAAGGGAGAGGACGAAUAACGGAAGAUAGUUUAACGAGUCCGGUGGAUUCAGGUGGGUGUGUACCGGAUAAGGUGGAUGGGACUCAGUGGACGAGCCCACUCGAGCAGCUUCAGCACUGGAAGUUCAACAGAAGGACACAGGCAUUUUCGACUGUGGGGACGCCGGAUUACAUUGCUCCGGAGGUUUUGCUGAAGAAAGGCUAUGGGGUCGAAUGUGACUGGUGGUCACUGGGUGCUAUUAUGUUCGAGAUGCUCGUUGGCUAUCCUCCGUUUUACUCGGACGAUCCUAUAACGACGUGCAAAAAGAUUGUGCACUGGAAAAACCACUUAAAGUUUCCAGCUGAAGCAAGGUUAACCCCUGAAGCUAGGGACCUGAUAUGCAGGUUGCUUUGUGAUGCUGAAACUAGGCUAGGUUCUCACGGGCCACACGAAAUUAAGGCUCAUCCAUGGUUCAAAGAUAUUGAUUGGGGCAUGCUUUACGAGAUGGAAGCAGCGUAUAAGCCGGAGGUCAAAGGGGAACUCGAUACUCAGAAUUUUAUGAAGUACGAUGAGGUGGAUCCACCUCCUCCGAAAUCUAGUUCUGGAAUAUGGAAAAAGCUGCGCAACCCGAACGACUUGAGCUUUUUUGGCUACACAUACAGAAACUUCGGUGGAGUGAAAAAAUUGAAUAAUAAAACGGGCAUGUCGCCUGAUCGCUUGUCCACUGAUUCUAUCCGGAGUGAUUCGGGAGUUGAUUAUUCUGCAAUGCAAACUGCCGAAGUGAAUGAAAUCCUUCUUCGUACUUCAUCGGCAGACACUAUAACUAUGAAUCAAGAAACCUGGGAAAUAAAAUUACAUCAGGAAUUUCUGAAAGAAGAUCCUUAUAGUGCAGAAGAUAUAGAGGAUAUAAUCAAGGAAAAACUUCAAGCUGUAUUUGCCAAUUCUCCUUCUUCUUUGGAUGUGCUUAGGGCUGCCAUGCAUUUUAAGUUACACCAGGACGCGAGUCAUAUACUGUACAUAUACUCCAAUCCAAAAUCAUCCUCCGUAAAAGAUAUUCUUCUUCUCUCUCGCCGACUCCAUGGAGAACGAUUCUUGGAUUGCCUACCUGGAGAUGACGACCGCGGGGAUGGCUCGGUAGAUGGCGGCGUGCACGUUCUCGAAGACGGCGACGAUGAGGGCUCGUUGCACGUUUUGUGGCUAGGAGGGCUCGCGCUCGUAAAGAGGGCUUGCAAAAAUUCACCUUUGGAUGAAGAUGAGAAAAAAUAA